GGGUUUUAGGGUUUAAGGUAAAAUCCUUCUGCAGCAGUGAUAUCAAGCAAAAGGGCCUUACUGAAUCUGAUUAGCGGUCCACAUGGGCCUCAUUUUGGACACUUGUCAAUUGAUACGCCAAUCACCAUCGCAAUCUUGGACACGUGUCUUAUCAAAGGGUCAAUCAUAGUACAUAAUACACAAGAAGACUACAGUCUCGUGCAGAGGAAGCUUUAAUGGCGCCAAAGCGAAGCAAGAGCCAAAGUCUCCUUCAGGAUCCACAUGGAAUGUUCGCAGGAAUGGUCGUCCUUUUAAUCGAAAAGGGGGUGCAGGCUCGCCGGUUGCAGAUUUGGAAACAGAAGUUGCUCCAAAUGGGUGCUCGUAUUGAGGAUCGUUUGUCGAAAAGGGUCAGCCAUAUAUUUGCUGCGAGCUCGGACGCUCUUCUGCAAAAACUCGAUGGUGAGCGUUUGGCGCGCUUUGAAGGGAAGGUUCUAUCAUACGAGUGGCUAGAAGACAGCUUACGUUCAGGGGAGAGGGCGUCAGAGGAUUUGUAUACUGUAAAAGUGGGUUUAGAUGGGGAAAAUGGAAGAGAUGAGCCGCAGCCGUCUAUUUCCAAAAAACUAAAACUGUCUCCCAACAAUUCGGAAGAAGGAAGUAUUGAAAGUGGAGGAGAUUCAAAUGCUCCAACCCUUGUAACAAAGACUGCUACAGAUCAAACAGUGACUAAUCCAAGAACUUCUGAUUCUCUUAAUAGCAAUACAUCUAUGUCAUACAGUCCACCGGAUCUGAAUAAAAACAUAACUGAGAUUUUUGGAAAACUUAUCAACAUAUACAGAGCAUUGGGAGAUGAACGAAGGUCAUUUAGCUACUACAAGGCAAUUCCAGUAAUUGAGAAGCUACCCUUUAAAAUUGAGAGCAUUGAUCAGGUCAAACACCUGCCAGCAAUCGGAAAAUCGUUGCAGGAUCAUAUUCAAGAGAUAUUGACGACAGGAAAGUUAUUGAAGUUGGAGCACUUCGAAACAGAUGAGAAGGUCCAGACAAUCUCACUUUUUGGGGAAGUAUGGGGUAUUGGACCAGCCACAGCUCUGCGAUUAUACGACAAAGGAUGUAGAACCCUUGAUGACUUGCAGAAGGAGUCGUUAACCCAUGCGCAGAAAAUAGGGUUGAAAUAUUUUGAUGAUAUUAAACAGAGAAUUCCUUGCAACGAGGUUCAGGACAUGGAGAGUCUUCUUAAGAAGGCUGGGGAAGAUGUUUUGCCAGGGGUUCUUAUUGUCUGUGGAGGAUCAUUUCGGCGAGGGAAGUCGUCGUGUGGAGAUAUGGACAUUGUAAUCACACAUCCUGAUGGGAAAAGCCAUAGAGGUUUUCUACAAAGAUACGUUAAGCAUUUAAAGGAUAUGAAGUUUCUAAGGGAGGAUCUGAUAUUCAGCACGCACAGUGAGGAGGGAACAGAUUCUGGUGUCGACACAUAUUUUGGCCUCUGCACGUAUCCGGGAAGAGAACUACGACACCGAAUAGAUCUGAAGGUGUAUCCAAGAGACAUAUACGCAUUUGGAUUGCUUGCAUGGACGGGAAACGAUGUACUAAACAGGAGGCUGAGAUUAGUAGCGGAAACAAAAGGAUUUAGGAUGGAUGAUACUGGACUGUAUCCAGCGGCUCAAGGAUCUGGUGGUAAAAGGGGUGCAAAAGGUAGUGCAAGUUUGAAGUUCGAUACAGAAAAGGACAUUUUCGAGUUCCUUGGAUUUCCAUGGCUGGAACCCCAUCAAAGGAAUCUAUGACUACUCUCUUCUCUUAAUGUAGAUUAUAACAACUCUCUAACCAAUUGGGCCCAAGGAGAAUUGAGCUUAAAUCUGGGCCCAAUAUAUGAAAGCCCAAAAACA